AUGCCUUGUCUUUCGCUUAGAAAGGCGGUUACACUCUUCGUUCUCUUUGCUGCUAUUCUCGAGACUUCAUUGGCAUCGAUACUAGCAGUUGACUAUGGGUCAGACUGGAUUAAGGCUUCGCUCAUGAAGCCCGGCGUGCCCUUCGACGUGCUGCUGAACAAAGACUCGAAGCGGAAGAUACAGUCCUCAGUCGCAUGGAAGAAAGACGAAAGAUUGUUUGGGUCUGACGCGGCGAAUAUCGCCUCCCGGUUCCCUCAAGACUCAUUCUCUUCCCUGAAAUACCUACAAGGCGCACCAUUCAACUCAGAUAUCGUUACAUAUUUCACCUCCAUAUCUACCGCUCAAAUUUCUGAGACCGACCGCCAAACCGUUGCGCUGAAACAAAGUGAUGGAACGGAAUGGAGCACAGAGGAGCUUGUUGCGAUGCAGCUAUCAUAUAUCAAGAAGCUUGCAGAGGAUUUAGCGGGCGAGCCGGUGAACGAGGUCAUCCUCACCGUUCCACCGUACUUCUCCCAGCUCGAACGCGACUCGAUUACAGACGCAAUAGAAAUUGCGGGACUCAAAACACUGGCAUUGAUUAACGACGGCACGGCUGUAGCAAUAAACUACGCUAUGACGAGGUCCUUUUCGACCACUCCCGAAUACCAUGUCAUCUACGACGCUGGCGCAUCUUCGACACGUGCCACUGUGGUUUCGUUCGCUGCGGCUGAGGAUUCCAAGACGAAGGCGUCAUUCACUCAGAUCAACGUUCUGGGCGUUGGACAUGACCGAAAUACAGGCGGCACAGAGCUAGACUUGAGGCUACGGGAUAUUUUGAUAGACAGUUUUAUGUCAAAGCACCGGCGAGACAUCAGAAAGGACAAGCGCGGCAUGGCUAAGCUUUGGAAGGAGGCUGGACGUGUCAAGGCUAUCCUCAGUGCCAACUCAGACGCAACAUCGACAGUGGAGAGCGUUGCAUUUGAUAUUGACUUCAAGACCAAGGUUGCUCGCGCGGAAUUUGAGAACGCUUGUAAAGACCUCCAUUCGCGUUUUGCAAGGCCCAUAUAUGAUGCACUUUCGAACGCCGAGCUUUCAUUAGAAAAUAUCUCAUCUGUUAUCUUGACAGGCGGCAAUUCACGCACGCCUAUGGUCCAGGCCGCUGUAAAAUCAGCUGUUGGCGAAGAUCGCAUCGCACUCAAUGUCAAUGCCGAUGAGUCCGCCGUGCUUGGUGCAGCGCUUUAUGGAGCUUCCCUCUCCCGUCAAUUCAAGACCAAGGACAUUCGUGUAACUGAUGUCCUAAUACACGACAUCCAGGCAUCCUACCUCGCAUCUACUCCAGGCACGCGAACAAUUCACACAGCAGUCUUGCCUGCUGGGUCGAAACAUGGAGCGAGAAAAACUCUAACGUUCAAACGUAAAGAGGAUUUCUCUCUGGUGCUGAACUAUCCCAACGAAGUUAUGUCUGGCUUCCCCCGUGAGAUCCUCGAGGCGAAGAUUGUCGGCAUUCCCGAGGCCAUUGAUAACCUCACUGAACGCGGUGCAAUCGAUCCCGUGAUCAAGGCGACUGUCGUGCUUUCCGAAUCUGGCUUUGUGACCGUCAAAGACGCCGUAGCCUAUGGGGAAAUUAAAGACGACUCUAUCACUGGGAAACUGAAAGGCCUAUUUGGAGGUGGUGGCGACCAGGUACCAUUAGAGACUGACGUUGAUGGAGAGAUCCCAAAGGACGAGAAGACGGAUAAGAAGGACAAGGCCAAGAAGCCGUUUGUGAAGGACCAAAGUACCAUUCCGCUUGAGAUCGAAAUUGUGUACAAUUAUCAGGGCCCACUGAGCCCUACGGCGAAACGGGCUGCCCGUGACCGUCUCAGGACAUUAGACAACAUGGAGAUGUCGAAGCAACGUCGGGAAGAAGCACAUAAUACUCUCGAAGGAUACCUGUAUAAGCUACGGGAUCUCUUGAAUGACGGUCCAGAAACGCCAUUCACGAAAUGCUCUCAGCCAUCUGAGAGGCAAGCACUCUCAAACAAACUCUCGGAGACUAUUGCAUGGCUGCAUGACGAAGGAGACACUGCUGACACAGUGCGGCUAUGGGAGAAGCGAUCCCUUCUCGAGACUCUGGAGAAACCAAUCGUGCACCGCUACAAGGAGAUCGAGUCUUUCCCACAGGCACUGAAUAACUCACAAAAGUGGAAUUGGAGUACUAGAUUAUUCCUCACUCAAGCUCGGGAGAACGUUACGGCAGACGCCAUCGCAGGGGUUCCUUCGAAGUGGUCAUCACAGGAACUUGAUGCGCUCGAGACAGCACUCAAAGAGCACGAAGCUUGGCUUCAUGAUGGCGUUGAGCGGCAAAAGAAGACGAAGAUGAAUGAAGACCCGGCGAUAGAGACUAAGGAGAUGCAGGAGCGAGCGAAGACAUUGGAGCAGCACCUGCAAAGAUUGGUGAGGAGAAAAGCACCCAAAGUCAAAAAGACGCCUGCGAAGUCUGGCGAUGCCAGUGGAUCGUCUGCUGGACCGACACAGACACCUGGAGAUAAACAACCAGGACAUGACGAAUUGUAG